AUGAUUACAACAAAUUACUCAAAUUAUUGUCUUGCAAAAAUAAAAUCAAGCUUUAAUGGUAAUUCUUCUGAAGAGAAAGAAUUAAAUAACAAUGUAGUGGGUUUAAAUGGAAAGUUAUGGAAUGAAUUAUGUUCCUUAAUUUCUGAAAAUGAAAAAGAUCAAUUCUCAACUUUAAAACCGUACUUUCUUAUCUCAGUAACGCCUUUAAAUUCAAAAUUAAAAAGUCCUUUGGAGCAAUCUUUAUUAAAACAAAAAACUCCGUUCUCUAAAUUACUUCCUUCAAUUGUUGUUUAUGGAAAAUUAAACCAUCUUGAUAAUUCGAAAGUUGUAGAAAUCAGAAUCACUCAUCCUAUUGAAUUGGAACAAGUUAUUUUAGGAGCUAUGAAUUUAGAAUCGUAUAGUUUUUCAAUAAGAGAUCCAUCGUCAUUAUCAAAAUGUCUCACUUCACCAUCAUCGAAUUCACCUAUUAUAUUUCGUUAUUCCCAAAUAUACAAUUUUUCACCAAAAUCGUCUUCAUCAUCAACUACUGCUGAGCUUCACAACAAUGAUUAUUAUUCAUUUAAAGUGUUAAUGUGCGAUCCUGUUUUGCAAGAUAAUUUUAUAGAAACCCAAUUAUCAUUACUUAAAGUUAAUGGAAGUGAUCAAUUAAAUGUAAACGAUAAAUUUGUUUCAAAAAAAUUAGCAUUCACCCCUAUUGCUCUGUCAUCUCCAAUUUCAUCAACUUUGCUACAACCACAACCAAGUGAAAAAGAAGAUUCUAAUUCUAGAGUGUUGAUUGGUUUAAAAGAAUUAGUCAAAUUAGGUUUUCAAUCUGGGAGAUGGGCUUUAGUAUCUGGUUGGAAGGAAGGAAUUGUUGCUGAAAAUGCAAACUCAUCAUCUCUGGUGAAAAGGCAGAAGGGUUGUGCAGACGGUUAUUCUCCGUGUCCAUCUGGAGGAUGUUGUCCUACUGGUGUAGAAUGUUUACCUGAUAAAUGCAAUCUUAAAUGUCAGCCUAGUGAUCCAGUUUGUGGUGAUGGUUGUUGUAAACCAGGAUAG